AUGUUUGCCGCCGAGCUAAGGAGACAGAUUAACGCGCGCAUCAGCUACAUGUACGCCACGAUUCUAGACGAGUACUACCAAGAGCUUCAGCCGCCGCAGGACGAGGGCUUCGUCCCCGAGGUCAUCAACAUGUUCCUCCACGAGGCCGACAUGAUGCUCAAUGACAUCACCAGCCUUAUGAACCUGCCCGUCGUCGACUUCGAAAUGGUGGGCGAACUAGUGCACCAGCUCAAGGCAUGCAGCAGCAGCGUUGGUGCUAGGAAAGUUAACCUUGCCUGCGUGCACUUCCAGCAGUUCUAUGAGGGAAAAAGCAAAGAAAGGUGCCUCAUGGCAUUGAAUGUUCUUAGGAAUGAGUUCUACGAUGUGCGCGACAGGCUACAGACCAUUAUGCAGUUGGAGCAGCAGAUUGCAACCUUGGGUCCUAAUUAAGUACCAGUAAUCGAAGCCAAAAAAGCAUAGCCCCAUGUGCUCUGGAAUGAUGGGGUGUAUGUAUCCUUGAAUAUGUAGGCAGUUCAACGGUUGCUGGGCUUUGGACGGGGCGCGUGGGAUCACAUGACAAUUCUUGCUUCGGCACUCCGGGCUCGCAAGCACCAUGCAAAUGGAAUUUUUCUCUUGUGUGUCAGUGUCUUUGUCAACUCUAUAUUUGUGUGUCAUCGAUGGUCUGCGGCUGUGUUUAAACUCUAUACUUGGUUGGCUACUUUUUGGCUUGUUUUUAUUGUAUGUUGCUCGCUGUUUUUAA